CAUGCAAGUUGAAGGUGCACCCGCGCCAGGUCUCAUCGAUUCGUCAAGAAGCUCUCAGUUCGCGACUUUCCAACCAUCUUCAACCGCCAAAUCAACUUUCCACUUCAUCACCCUCCACACGGCCGCGUCACCAUCUUUUGUCAACACGGGAUAGCGACCGAUAUCAAUACCAUUGACAAAACGUAUCAUAUCGCUCCCGCGAACAACAAGCCAUCAGCCAUGGCGACCGACUCGCGCAAGAGACCUGUGGAUGCAGAGGGAGCGCAACCGUCACAACCCAAACGACCAAAGACCAACACAUCAAUACGAACAAUUCUCGCAGUUGACGCGAUCGGAAAUUCAUCAAAGGCAACGACAGCACCCACUCCCGACGGGCUGGCCAAGAAUGGUCUGAGGCGGAGCAUCGCGCUGGCGCUGGAGACGGUUGGCUUCGACGGUGCCACGCCCGAAGCAAUAGAGAGCUUUACCGUAAUGACGGAGACGUACCUCCAUUCGUUAACCGAAGAAGUCAAGGUCUUUGCAAACGCCGCGCGCCGCUCCUACCCGAUACCCAAGGACUUCGAAAACACGUUGAAGCGUUUCAACCUCACACCCACAGCUCUCUACUCGCACAGAAAACCCCCGAUACCGAAGAAGCAGCGACAGCCAGUAUGGGAGGAUCUCCCUCUAGACGCCGCCAUCCCCACCGACCUUCCCGUCCUCGAUCCCGAACUCGACGGCGCCGCAGACAAGGCAGCCAAGAACUACAUCCCCAGCUCAUUCCCUUCCUUCCCCAGCGUGCACACCUACAAGUACACGCCCGAAAGCGUUGAAGCCGCCACCACCGCACAGCACAGCAUCAUGACCGACACACAAGCCACCGUCACCAUGACCCAGACCCAAACGAUGGUCGAGUCCCAGGCAGCAGCAGCAACAGCAGCAGUAGCAGCCCAGCAAUCUCAAUUACCCACCAAGAUUCCCCAACGACCACUGGCACCCGACGAGAUCCCCCGCGGCGAUCCUAAGAAGAUCCGCGAAGCCGCCGCUAAGGAAGCCAAGGCCGGAGAGCAGGCGCUGCGCCGUCUCAUGCGCGCCAGCAAGAUCGCGAAGCAAAAGGACGUGUCAGCCACGGCGCAGCGGGACCCAUCUCGCAGGGAGCGGUACGCGCUGUGGGAGGCGGCGAUGCGCGAGCUGGUGGAGGACGACACCAAGGCGAAAGGCAGGGAGGUGGCGCCCGCGUCUAUGCAUAGUCAGCAGGGCCGGGUGGAAAUUGCGGACCACAGCAUGAUUGUGAAUGCGGAGAAGGGGUAUUAUCGGAAGGAGGUGGCUAGGCCGGGGGUGAGGAAGCUGGCAGGGGAGUUGGCGGGCAAGUAAGGCGUGUGAUCUCUCUCGGCAGAUCAAGGAUGAAGGAAGUCGCAGAGAUCAAGGUCGGCUUUGAUAAUGGCCCUGGUUUUGCGAGAAGAAUGCACAUGGAGGCUGGAAAGAAUGGCAUGUGGAAAGAAAGGCGAAGUAAGCGGUCACAACCUGUGUCAUGCUCAUGGUUCUAUGGCUAUGAAGAUGGCAUACAGCUAUUAUUGCUUGAUCAAAUAGGCAUGGGGAGUUAUGGGGUUAGCGCAUUAUUCGGAGCAUUAGCAUUUGUCGUCAUUCUCGAGUUUAUACAAGAUACCCAUACAGAUAUAAAGAUAGACGGACAGUGGUCUAUACAGCGGAUGUUGAGUGGUUCCCAUAAUACAUCAUUGUGUACUGUGUAGAACUUGAUGUACUGUUCUUCCACCAACAGAACUUCGA